AAAUCCAAACCUAAAACCAUAUUGGAAAAAUCACCAACUUAACCAACCAACGACCUCAACCUCUUCCUUGUCUGCAAUUUGUCCUAAAGCCCCCCUUUCUUCAGCUCACCUUCUCCAUAGCCACUGUACUCAGUCUUCUCCAUAGAUUCAAGGGGAGAGAGAGAGAGAGAGAGGUGUUUCUAAAUUUUCCUUUCCCGGAAAGCCCCUCUUCUUCUCCAGUAAUGCCAAAUCCAAGCCUGUAUUUUUCAAGAUAGCAAAUUCAAACAUGAUCGUUAGAACUUAUGGUCGCCGUAACCGGGGCUCAACAGGGACCUUCUCCGAUUCGCUAGACGACGACGUUCCGGAAAACCCCUUCAGGGAUUCUUUUACUCUCUCGUCAUCCCAAGAAAACCCAUCUCAAGAUUUGUACAGUUUACCUUUCUCAUCCGAAGAAUCUUCGUCUCUCUGGCCCUCCUUGGAUCCCGAUCCCUACAACUUCAAUUCUUCGCAGGAGAAUGCUUUUUCAAAUGGCGUUGUUUCUAGGAAGUCGAAGAAACCGAGGAAUGGCAAAUUGGAUAGACCUGCUCCUGCCGGAAAGAGUAGUAAUUCUAAGUCGUUAGUUCCGGUGACUUCGACUUUGAUGGAGGCGCAGGAAUUUGGAGAGAUGAUGGAGCAUGUUGAUGAGGUUAAUUUUGGGCUUGAUGGGUUGAGGAAAGGCCAACCUGUUAGAAUCAGGAGGGCUAGCUUGUCGUCGCUUUUGUCGAUUUGCGGUACAACGCAGCAGCGACGGCUCUUGAGGACUCAAGGGUUGGCAAAGACAAUAAUUGAUGCUAUUUUGGGUCUUAGCUUUGAUGACUCAUCCAGCAAUCUUGCUGCUGCAACUCUUUUCUAUGUUUUGAUGGGUGAUGGUCAAGAUGAUCACCUUUUGGAAUCACCCAGUUGCAUUCGUUUUCUAAUUAAAUUGUUGAAACCAGUCAUUUCUACUGCUGCUGAAGAUAAAACCCGAAAUAUUGGCAAUAAGCUUUUAUCAUUACGCAAAGAUUCUGAUAUCUUGAGAGAUACAACAAAACUGGUAGAUUCCAGCUCUGCUGACAUUGUUUCCAAAGUUCAGAGAAUUCUUGUUAGCUCCAAGGACUUGAAUUCAUAUUCUGAGGAUGAUAAUGGAAUGGAGAGGCCGGAAUUGAGCCCCAAGUGGAUAGCUUUGCUGACUAUAGAGAAAGCUUGCUUAUCUAAGAUAUCAUUUGAAGAUACAUCUGGCAUGAUAAGAAAGACAGGUGGAAACUUUAAGGAGGAGUUACGGGAGCUGGGAGGACUUGAUGCUGUCUUUGAGGUUGCCUUGAAAUGUCACUCUGUUAUGGAGACUUGGAAAGGACGAGCUUCAGCCACCAUUCAGGAUGCAAGAGAGGAGUCAGGCUUGCAGAGCCUGGUGCUACUUCUAAAAUGUUUGAAAAUCAUGGAAAAUGCUACAUUCCUUAGCAAAGAUAAUCAGAGCCAUUUGCUUGGGAUGAAACGACAUUUGGAUUCUCAUGGAUACCAAUUUUCUUUUACGAAACUUAUUAUAAGUGUCAUCAAAAUUCUGUCUGGUCUUUAUCUACUUAAAAGUGCUGCUAGAGUCUCCAAUAAUGGGAAGCAUUGCAGUCUUUCUGAUGGUAGUAAUCAUGCUUCUGAUUCAGCAUUAAUAACAGAAUACAAAGUAAGUGCGGAUGCAAUAAGUGCGGAUGCAAUUUCGAGAAAUUGCUCUGGUGCAGAGAGGACAUCCUCUAAAAAAAACUUUAAUCCAUCUCAGAAAUCCAUUUCCCAGUUUAGUUUUUCUGCUUCCAGUUCUGAAAGUUCCUCUACAUUCAUGAACGAUGCUUGCCAAUUAAGGAUGAGAGUGCAUUCUUCUACGUCCAGCUCAUGUAGUGGGAAUGGGACAUUAAGGAGAUCUACUAAUAGUGGAACACCUACAACCAGUAAUGAGUUAAGGACAAGAUUUGGGCUUCCUGAGAGAACUAAUUGUACAAAAAUUACCAAGUGUGAACUCUUAGAGGAUGACCAAGAUCCUUAUGCAUUUGAUGAAGAUGAAUUUCAGCUGACAAAGUGGGACUUGCUAUCUGGAAGAAAGAAAAAAUCUCGGCCUCGAAAUCGCCGUGCAAUCUCAAAAGACAUUGAAGAUGAGUACCAAUGUCAGCUAACGGCCCUUGAAGAAUCAAGUAAUGGUGCAAAUUAUCAACAAAAAUCAAGACAGUUGGAACAUCAUCCCUCACAGGAAAACUCCCACGUCAGUGCUGCUGAGAAAGAAUAUUCCACCCUUCUGGCAGACUGUCUUCUUACUGCAGUCAAGGUUCUAAUGAAUUUAACAAAUGAUAACCCUAUUGGCUGUGAACAAAUUGCUGCAUGUGGAGGACUUGAGACUAUGUCAUCUUUGAUUGCUGGCCACUUCCCUUCAUUCAGCUCACCUUUACCUUCCUUCAGUGAGAUAAAAGAGGAUGCUUCAGGUGUUGAACUUGAAAAUCAGAAUGAUAACCAUCUUACUGAUCAGGAGUUGGAUUUUCUUGUUGCUAUAUUGGGCCUACUAGUGAACUUGGUUGAGAAGGAUGGUCAUAACAGGUCAAGGCUUGCAGCAACAACUGUUUCAUUGCCUAGCUCAGAAGGGCUACAUGAGGAGAAUCGCAGAGAUGUAAUUCCACUACUGUGUUCAAUCUUUCUGGCGAACCAAGGAGCAGGUGAUGCAUCUGGAGAAGGAAAUACUGCAGAAUGGAAUGACGAGGCAGCUGUGCUACAGGGAGAGAAAGAAGCUGAGAAGAUGAUUGUAGAGGCUUAUUCAGCACUCCUCCUUGCAUUCCUUUCAACAGAAAGUAAAAGCAUUCGUGAUUCUAUCGCCCAUUGCCUUCCAAAUCAGAGCCUGGCUGUUCUUGUUCCCGUCUUGGAGAGAUUUGUGGCAUUUCAUUUGACGUUAAACAUGAUAUCACCGGAGACUCAUAAAGCUGUGAGUGAAGUAAUCGAAUCGUGUAGGAUACCUUGAAAGCUCAACGAAUGCAAAUUUUGUACAGACUUUUGCCUUUCUUUCAGAUCAACUUCGCAUGCUAUUAGAUUGCUCUGGCACGCCCAUCAAACCUGACUACCUGCCUGCACUUUAUCUGAUUGACCUUUGGGAAUAUUUUUUCCCCGCCUUUUUGUUGCUUCCCCCUUUCUACAGUAUUCUUUGUGUAUGUUGCUGGCUGAGAGCCUGAGUUGCUUGUAUACAAAAAUGAUAGUUAGAAUCAAAUUAUAUUCCUUUGUGCAUUAUCUAUGUAAUGUGUUUUUGUAAUCUUAAAUCUUCCCCCUCAGCCCAUAUUCUUUCUGUUGGCAAACAUGUCCUUUUGUAUUGCUUUCUCAAGUGAGUUUUAAGAUGUUUUCAUCAGUGUGUAGCCAGAACUCAUUUUAUGUUGUUAUCAAUGUAUUGUCAUAAAAUGAAAUCUGUGUACUAACCUUUGUCUA